GCCCAGCUCUCCAAAUCGUACUCGGAGUCUCGGACACAGCCGCGCAGAUUGAUUGAAGCGGCGCCUUAAGGUUCAACCCGGAAAUUCGCGAAGUUGUUCUUUCGUGCAAAGUCUAACUGUAUCGUCGGUCGCGUCCAUGUCUGUGACAUCGUUUUUCUCGUCUUUCUUCAACACCGUGCACGGAGACGCACCGGAGGAGAAGCAGCCAGAAAGUGAAACAAAGGAGGAGGAAGUUGCUGAGGCGGGGGAAACAUCGAAAGAGUCCGAGGAAGAAGAGGAAGUGGAAGCUGAGGAUGAUCACCCUGUUAUUCUGGAGGAGUGCAAAAACUCAGCAGCAUGCGUUUCUCUAACGAGACACUUCGAACACUGCCAGGAGAAGGUGCAAGCUGGACAAGGCUUUAAAGGCGAGGAUUGUGUGGAGGAACUAUUCCACAUGAUGCACUGUGCCGACGCUUGUGCCGCACCAAAAUUGUUCUCCAAGCUCAAGUAGACGCUAGAGUUAAUACUACAUUACAAUACACGCUAUCGUUCUUGAGGAGCAAUACCAUUUAUCUCUCCUGUCUCCUGCAUCCGGAUC